AUGGAGACCGACUCAAUGAUCGCGCCGUCUCCAGGUGCCAAGAAGCUGGUGUGUCGCGUGUGCCAGAAGGCCUUCUCCAAGGCGGAGCAUCUGAGGCGACAUGAGCGAUGCCAUACGGGAGCCAAGCCAUAUGUGUGCAAAGAGUGUCGCCGACCAUUUGCCCGGCAAGAUGCCCUCAACCGCCAUGAGAAGCUACAUUCCCGUGCCAUGAAUACUGGAAAACAGGACCUGCCAUCGACCCCUCUGCUACCACAGCAUGACUCCAUGACAGCUAUGUCCUCGUGGGACACCAGCAGUGCGUCGACCGCUGGCCCAGUAUCCACAGAGGCUACCAGCCAGUCUUGGGAGGAAGCUCAGUCUGUGCAAAAUUCAGGAAUGCAUAGUGUUGCCUCGGAGCUGGAUUUUGCUUUGAUCUGGCCUGACUCGGAAAAUCUGUUCCAGAGUCUGAUGUCCUCGGACACGACGGACCAAUGGCAGAUGCCUCUGGGGACACUGCCCUUUCCGCCAGUCGUGCAGGAUGUCAACAUGAACUUAGGGUCUCCCAACUCAUUUGACGAUCGCAGUUCUUCAAUAGGUGCCAUACCGUCCGGAGGAGGGCACCAGGCGGUGCGCGAUGUUACAGAGAUGGUGACCAGCUCGUCUUCAAGCGUUACUGCUGCUGUAAAAUCCACAUCCAUUACUUCUGUGUUUCUCGAUGAAUGUCUGCACAUGUUCUUUGUUCGCUUCAUUCCGACCUUCCCGAUCCUGCAUCGAGCCACCUUUGUAUUCCGAGAAUGCACCCAUCCUCUCUUGCUGAAUGCUAUCGCCAUCGGAUCUUUGUACUUGGGCCCCAAUGACUCAGUCGCAAAGGGCGAAGCGUUGUGGCGGCUAGCACAUACAGCCGUUGCAACCUCCUGGCAAUCCUUGAUCACACACAAUGGUCCUUACGAUGCUUGUAAAGGAGUGCAGUUGUUGAUCACUGCUCUCCUCGGCCAGAUCUAUGGGGCAUUGUCAAAGAAUCGUGUGAUUCGCACCACCAGCCAAGUAUUUCGACCCCUAGGUUUCUUCUGGGCAAGCCAUUGCGGAAUGCUUGAAAGUGGACCCUACGCCAUGGAGAAUCUUCCUUCCGCCGACGCCCCCGUCGCACAAAAGGAACACCAAUGGCGAAUUUGGGCUGCCCGAGAGAUUCAGCAGCGCGCGCUGCUGGCUUACUAUAUCUUGGAUGGCCUUGUCUCCCAUAUGUCCGGUGAUGGUGCUUCCGCUAGUCAUGUUGCCAACUCCUUGAGCCUUCCCAGCGACGAGGCUACGUUCGAUGCCAACACCGCAGACGAAUGGCUCGCCUAUAUGCGCUCCCAAAAACACGAUCAAUCAUCUUUCAAGAUGGUCUUUCGGUCUCUUUUUUCCCCAGUUGGGAGCUUUCGGCCGCUGGACUACCAGCUCUCCGCCUUUGCUCUCCGUGUCGUGCUCGAAGGUGUUCAAUCUCUCGUGUCUGACUGCGACGAUAACGAUUUGGCCGUGGGCGUCCCGGGCCGAUCGGAUGUGCGGAGAGCACUAGCUCAAGUGCACGAGACAAUCUCCAUGAGCAUCCAUUUCUCAGCUGCCGAACGACUGGAGAUCUUGUUGCGUUGGCAUACUGUCUGUCUUGAUACGAUGGUUAACUCGACAGUUAUUUGUCGGCAUGUGUGCUCCCGCUACAACAUCCCACAACAUGUAUCAGGAGGCAAUCGUACAGUGCAACCGGGCUUCGACCUAGUCAAAUGGACCAACAGCGAUGAUGCGCGGCGCGCCGUCUUGCACGCCGUAGCCAUUCAAGAUAUUGUCGAGCAGCUGCCUCGAGGUCGGGCUCAUGUCGUGCACAUGCCGAGUGCGCUGUUUGCCGCAUCCACAAUAUACGUGGUCUUCUCGCUUGCAGGAGUCACCACGGUCAAUCUUCCGCGCGCUAUUGUUUGGCAGGACGCUCUGUUGUCCCAUUCAGACCUUCAUCUGGGCCAUGAGGAUAUUCGGCCUCCAUCGAUUUCGGACACGAAGCGGUUCGUCGAAAGCGAGCAUAAUGGACUCACCCCAUCCGGUGGUGCAGUGCGCAAUUUGUUAUAUGAGCUGAACUCCAUGCAGAAGCUCUUUCGCUGCCUGUCCUCCCAGUGGGGUAUCGCGCAUGACAUGGAAGAUAUUGUCGCGCAGUGGAUCAACCUCUGCCAUUAG